AUGCCCGCCGUUUCUACCGCCAGCACUAUCACCAAAGCAUCUAAGAAGAAGAGCUUCCCUAAGAAGACGUCCACUGACAGAGGCAGCCUCAAGGAAAGUGACGCCCACAUUAGGGAGAAAAAAUUGAAGGACAAGAAGAGAAAGCGUUCUCAGAGAAAGCGUUCUACUAAGAACCCCAAGGACGUCAAGGAGGACGUCAAGGAAGACGUCUCCAAGUCCACCCCAUCUCAGGUUAAGCCUGUUGAGUCUACUAAGGAAAAGAAGAAGAGGGUGUUCCUCUCUAACGAGGGCGACUCCUUCUACCCAUCCCAAUUCUUCACUUUCCAGCUCAUUUUUGAGGACUUUGUGCCUCUCAACCCAGGUCAGACUUCUUACCUUGAGCACUACUUGGCCCAAAAGAAGGAAGAAUGCCCAGAGGUGAAGGAAACUCCUGAGCCCGAGGUCAUUCCUGUUCAGCACUUGCCUGAAUCAGCCAACCCAGUUCAGGAAACUCCAGAAGCUGAGGUCAUCAACCCAGUUCCAGUUCAGGAAACUCCAGAACCAAAGGUUACCAUAACUCCAGCAAUUUCCCCUAAGCUCGAGGUUUCUAACAAUGUCCAGGCAGCACCUUUGCCCCUGGACUUUCCCUCCAAGACUUGGUCGUCUGAAAAGACCUACUACUCAGGCGACUUUCUCCACUUCAGAAAGUCACUCAAGGAAGAGGAAGUUUCCUACCUCCCCAAGGAAUUCUUUUUCUGGCAGGACGCCUUAUCCGAGAAGUCUGAGGAGUCGUUCGACAUCGAGGACUUUUUCGAGUUCCAACUUAUUCUGGAGGAGCUCAUGUCUCUUGACCCACUGAAGAAGACCACCAAACCAAAGAAGGUCUUCCUCGUGGACGACGGACAAUUUUUCGUCACCGACUUAUUCAGCUUUCAAACCAUUGCUGAAAGUCUCGAAUCACUCGACGGUGAUUUGUCUGACUACGAGUUCUGCUUGCGUGAAGAGCAGUUUGAGUUGUACUCCAGUGGAGAAUCGGAGCCAGAAACAGAGCCCGUGAAGACUCAGGAGGUCUACUUCCCCGAAGACUUCUGCAAAUUCUUCCAGCUCUGGACUUCGAGCCCUAAGUACAAUGAGGUACACUCCUUCAUUUUGCCAAGGGACUUUUUCCACUGGCAGGGUGUCUUCAAUGAGAGAAGCAACGAGUCCUUCCUUCCCCUGGACUUCAGCUUCUUUCAGCACAUCACUGAUUCAGAGCCCUCUUUCGCUGAAACCAAUGAUGAAACAAAGACCUCCAAUCUUCCCCUGGAGCGCCCGAAAUCAGAGUUCUUUCCAAAGGGCUUUGUGCCUUGGAAGAGACAGACAGAGAAGGUGACUUCCUACCUUGGAGUCAUUUUCAAGCUUCCGAAGAACUUCCCCACCGAGACUGUAAAGCCUACGGUGAAUCCACAGAAUCUGCAUCCUGACGAGGUUUACGAGCUGGACAGUUCGGAGCAGUCAUCCAUAUUCGAGAUGGUGCGCCAUUGGGAUGCAGAUUUGAGUGACUCUGAUUUUGACGUCUGCCUUGAGAAGGUGGACUGA